GGGGAAAAAGGGGGGUUGAGUGACGUGAGAAGCUUUCCGGCGGGACCAAAGCACCUUGCGGUACUUCUCUCGUACUCGGGUGGUCAGAACUGAAGUUUACAUAGAAGGUGGAAGCUAAUUAAAUUGCUCAGAACCAAAGUUUUACUCCUUUUCCAAGCAGGACCAGCCGCCUUUCGGUAAACAGGUGCAAGCACUGACUUUUGUCUGCAAUUUAUACUGGACAGUUUGGGUGCUACGUCACCCGCUGUUGUCGUCCGUCUCGCGCGACCAAGUGAUGGGGUGGAAGUGGAUGCGGGGUGGAGGGAACAAGCGUACUGUCAGCGGUACACGUUGCCAUAUACAAGCGCUCCUGCUACAGUAUCAUUACUUUUCCCGACGAACGGUCGAAAUACGCCAGUCUACGUUUUCCCCAGCGGUUUUCUUGGAUCCAGUCCAAGAUGUAAGCCUCGAACAUUUACGGGGCCUAGUUUGCAUAGGAAUGUGUCACCUUGCCCGUAGAGUACUUUCAGCACUGUGUCUUUUUCUCUCCUUCACCAUCAUCGGGAGAUAAUGCUCGAGAACAGUGCAAACCUUGCGAAUAGCUUCCCUUCUUGAGCUUUUCUGUACUGAGUUCACGUAAGUCGUGAGCGGCCUGUUUAAUUCACAUAGUCAGCAACAGCAUUCAGUUUAUACGGCCUCAUCAGGAAUAUGAAGGAGACAACGAAAUCAACGUACUGUAUUCCUUGUACAGAAGUUGUACGCUGCGUUGAAUUUUCUCCUUUUCAGUGGUCGUUUAAUCUCCUAGCGAUUGGGACAGCUAAGCGUGUCUGCGUAAUGUCAUGUCGUUUUCAGGAAGAAGAUAAAGAAGUAGAUGGUCUUGACUACAGAAUAGUGAAAGAUAUUCAAGUUGAUGUUGGUUUGGCAUGCUUGGCUUGGAGUCCUGCUACAUCACUCAAUGUCCUACCCAAAAUUCUCAGCUUUGUUGCAGGAUGUGAUGACCACAGGGUGCGAGUGUUUUACUCCAACAUGAAAGACACUGACAAUCUUCAAGUACUUCAAGGUCACACUGACUUUGUGAAUGCCGUGACCUUUGACCCUUCCGAAGGUCAGCGUGUGGCAAGUACAGGAGAUGACCUGACAUGCCGGGUGUGGAAUGUUGAGGCUCAGGAAGAGGAGAUUGUGUUCAGACUUACUGCCCCUGGUAUGGCAGUUGCCUGGCAUUCUGAUGAACCACUGAAGCUGAUGGUAGGGCAGAAAGAUGGACUAAUUCGUUUCUUCAGUCUUGAUAACCAACUGCCUGUCAUGAGCCUCAGUUGUGGAGUAUCCCCACUCAUGGACUGUGACUGGUCACCACACAACAGCCUUCUUGCCGGGGCUGUGGCAGGCACAGACUGGGUUGUCUUUGACACUUCUAGAUCAAGCAUGCCACUGGAGCGCCGACAGGCUCAUGCAGAAGGAGCACAGCGUUUUCGUUGGUCUCGGUGUCAUGAGAGUCUGCUGGCUACACUGGGGAGGCCAGAACGUCAGAUCCAUGUCUUUAACACAAGACAUCAGCAGGUGCAUGUGUCGGCUUCUCUUCCUGUCGCCUACGGCCUGUCCUGGCAUGGACAGCUACCUGUAUUGGCUGUGGGUGGUGACUGUGCAGUUCACAUGUGGGUUGUCGAAUCAACGUGAUUCCGUGCAUUUCUUUUUAAGACAUUAACACCUUAAAAUAACGCUUGGAGUUGGGUGGGGGUGGUAAAACUUCUAGAUUCAAGAAAAGGUGCACUGAUGUUUGGUAGCACUGCUGUCAGCACAUUACACUGGGUGUCAAGUGUACCAACUGUAUCUCAACAGACUCCAUCUUAACUAAAAAUGCACUGGUGGGACAUAAUCAUGAUUUAAAAAUUUUGUCCUGAUCAACAUGUAUUUGUACACACCUCUGGUGUGUUGUUAGCACUGAGGUAUCAUCACAACUAUGACUGUAAUAGGAAUAGUAAAGAUGUCAUCUAUCAUUAAAAUUAAUGUAAAAGCUCACUGCAUUUAGAGAGAAUCAGUCGCACAGAUAACAUCUUUGCCUGUGAAGUAUUUUUGUCUAAAAGUGUCAGAGUUCUUUAUUGAAAUGGAUAGUACUUCCCUCAGAGCAAGAGAUACAUUAAUAAAAUCUGUGUAUUCCAGUAUUUUCCUGAAGGGAUUACUGAAAUGUUCACGAGACAAACUUGACUGACAUUGCAUAUCUAGGGAGAGGGAGUGGAUAUUGGUGUUUUCAGCAGCUAGGAUCACACGAUAAAGCUGUUGGAAGCUGAUGUUUAGCUUUUCAACAGGGAGCUAAUGAGGCUUACUUUGAACAUUGUCGAAAAAUAUGAUGGUAUUAAAAAACAAAUCUUCAUACAAAUAGUACACAAGUUUUUUUUAGCUUAACCACUACUUUUGCUGUCUUUCUGCAUUAUCUAUCUGUAACCCUUUAUAUAUAUAUAAAGUAAUAAGUGGCUGCUUUAGGUGCAACGGGCAGUCAGGUUAGAGGAUCUUCAACAAAAGAUUAUUAUUAUUAUGAAUUUUUUUGCUGGAUUAUCCACUGGGCAUGACUUUUUAAUACAUUUAAAAAUAAAAAAUUGCAGCAAUGAAACAUUCAUAGCAAGAUCCUUCCAGCAAAUCUACAGCCCAAGAGAAAGAAACAUUCAAAAAGUGACACAGGUCUCUCAAAGGUUAUACCGUUGAUUAUUAUCUUAAUUUUAACUGUCUGCACUCACAAUGUGCCUGUGCAGUAUACAAUUACAAUUUUUUUAGGUGACAAUAGCCAGAUAAACAGCUUGUGUAUAUCUGCUGGUAAUCAAGGAAACUUGUACAAUGUAAAGAAGGAAUAUAACAAGCACAGAUACCAGACUCACAGAAAAAUGUGAGCACACAACUUGCACCAUUGGAAUACUUUUUUUUUAAUAAGAAGUAAUAUACAAUGCACGAUAAUAUACUGUAGAAGGUAGUUUUUAUGCGUGAUAUGGGCAAUACCCGACAGAAAGUGUGUGUGUGUGUGUUGUAUAACGCAAUAAACUUAAGUUACACUAAAUCCAACAUAAAAGUUUUACAGAAUCGUUGCCUUCUUAACUUUAGCGCAAAUGUAGGGUUUCCACCCCAACAAGGAAUGCUGAACAUAUAUCGCAGAGAUCUUUCAAGUGACUGAUGCAUUACAAACAAGAAUAAUUGGAAAGAAAUUUGGUAGUAUUUGUAUCAUCAUCAGUGGAAAGAUGUUGGCUUUUCAGAUUAAGGCUUUCAUAAAAAAUUGUCCAAGGGAAGAAUGCUAGUGCUUUUUUUUCUUUUGUUACGUAAUAUUUCAACACAUGAAAGCAAACUUCCAACAUCAACCUGUAUUGUACAGCUACCAAGAACUAAUAAAUUAGGAAUAAAUAUUAGUUAGGAGACAUUUCAUUUGAAACUUGUGAAACA